AUGUCACGAAAUAAAGAGAAAGCGCAAUCGGCUCUUAAUAGAUUCCAAGCAUUAAAGAAUAGAGAGGCAGGAGUUUUAGAAUCAAAUCCUAAUUUACGUCCUAAAUAUGUCCAAUCAGUUACUUCACUUGCUCAAGCUGAAAAAUGGAGAACAACUAUAAUAUCGGAGAUAUCAGUAAAAUUAACUCGAAUUCUGGAUCAGUCAAUAAAUGAUUAUCAAAUACGAGAUUUGAAUGAUGAUUUAAAUAGAUUAUUUAAAGAAAAAAGAUCAUGGGAAUAUCAUAUUAAGUCAUUAGGAGGGAAUGAUUAUAUAAACUUUGGAAAGAAUCUUGAUAAAGCUGGAGUAUUAGAUUCAACAGGAUUACAAGUCAAAGGUUAUCGAUAUUUUGGAAGAGCUAAAGACCUUCCAGAUGUUAAACAAGCAUUAGAACAGCAUAAAAAAUUACAACAUGAAAAGGGUAAGAAGGGUCAAGAUGAAGAAUCCAAGAUUAUGAAGGACAGAUUAACUAGAAUUGAUAUAUCAUACUAUGGAAUUGAUGAUGAAAUUAAUAAUAAUUUAAAUUUAUUCAGUCAAUCAGAAAUAAAUUUAAUAGAAAAAGUUGCAAAUAAUCUUGGUGAAACUAUAACUCCACCACUACGAGCCAAUGAUAAUUUACUAUACAAUAAACCCGAUUCAUUAAUAGAAUAUGAAAAUACAAAAAGUGCUUCAAUUGAGAAGAAUUUGAAACGAAAAAAGACUAACCAGAGUCCUGAAGAAACUAUAUACGAUUUUAAUAGUCAAGUACCUAACAAUGAACAAGUAACCAAAACUUCUUAA